AUGAGCUCCAUCGUGAGCGCUGGCACCGCCAGCUACGACGUCUACCUCGGCUUCUGGACAAACUGGUCCCGCGGCCUCAUCCUCGGCUCCACCGUGACGCUGAGCAAGAGCCACGGCGCGCUACUCAUCGCCUUCCUCGCCAUCUACGUCGCCAGCGCCGGCAAGAGCGUCUGGCGCAUCGCGUGCUUCGCCAUGCACCGCCGCUUCUCCUCCCAGCACCCCCAGGACGCCGUCUACCACCAGCGCCAGGCCAUCCUCCGCAACGUCGGCAACGCCCAGGACGCCAUCUGGAUGCUCGGCAACUCCCUCAUGAUGUGGCGCAAGAACCGCGCCCGCCAGCCCGUCCGCCGCCUCAUGCCCAUCAUCGUCCUCGCCGCCGUCGUCUCCGCCGUCUUCUCCCUCGCCGGUAUCUUCUCCUCCCAGGUGGCGUCCGAGAGCAUCAACGAGGUCCUGCUCUCCGGGGACCGGUGCGGGCCCCUCGACAGCAACGACAUCAACAACCCUACCGGGUACUACAGCCUCUUCGAGCCCCACCAGACGCAGCGCGUGCAGGCCUAUGCCAGCUACGCGCAGCGCUGCUACACGGAGACGGCUACCACGGACGACUGCAACCUCUACGUCACGCCCCAGCUGCCUACCGUCGCUAACCGCAACGCCGGCUGCCCGUUCGAGUCCGGCAUGUGCAAGUCGGACGAGGGGAACCUCAUCAUCGACACUGGGUACAUUGACAGCAACGAGCACCUGGGCAUUAACCUCCCGGCUGAGGAUCGGUUCUCCCUCCGCAUGUACCACCACUGCGCGCCCUUGGUCACCGAGGGCUUCGCCGAGCCCGCGACCGACUCGUCAUCCCAGCCGGUGAUGAGGUACUUUUAUGGUGCGGCCGCGGAUAGCAUUGGAAACUUCUCGUACCAGAUGCCCAUCAAUGACUCGGUCGCAUCUCUCCUGGACUCGGAUAAGUUGUCCACCGCGCGAUUGGAUUACAACAUUGGUUUCCUCAAGGCGUACGGCGGUGACCCCGCCAUGUCCGCCAUCUACUCCAUGUUCAACCCCAUCCCCCAGCUCAGCCGCCCCGACGCCGACGUCAUGCUCUUCUUCCUCUCCGCCCCGGGCAUCAUCUACUCCCGGGAAGUCGACGACCCGUGGUUCGCCGCCCACAGAAAGGGCCCCGUCACCCUCAACGUCGUAUCCAACGUCACCCGCCAAAACUACUACCGCGACGACCUCGUCUCCGUCAUGGGCUGCGCGAUGCAGACCCAGCUGUGCAACGGCGAGCGCAAGAGCGACGAGGACUGCACCCCGCUGCGUGGCAUGUCCGACGACACGUUUGACCGCUACAGCCCCUGGAAGACGGACAGGCAACGGGCCAUGAUCAAGCGCGCCGACGACAUCUUUGGUCUCGGGCUCUUUACCAUCUCGGGCAUCGUCGACCGCCUGGGCCUGGCCUCCUCACCGCCAGACACAGCCUUUCCGGCACCAUCCAGGGACCCUCCCGGGAACCAGUGGCAGAAGGAAGUCGAGCACUGGGUCACCUCCUCCCUCACGUCCGUUCAGGGUUCCUUUGUCGAGGCCGCCAACGGGCCCUCGGACGCGAUGAUGGGGUUUAGGAGACUUCCCAACGGCACCGAAGAGGCCCAGAUGUGCCGGAGCCAGCGCAUCAUCAGCCCUCGCUACCUGUCCUUCUCCGUCCUCGGUCUGUGCCUUAUAUUAAUUUUUGGCGGGGUGUUCAUGCUUUUGGAUUUCGCCGUGGAGCCCAUGGUACAAUACCUGAGAAGCGUCGCUUGA